AUACCUCCCGCCCCCCCUCCUCCUGUACCUCCACCUCCCGCCCCCCCUCCUCCUGUACCUCCAUACCUCCCGCCCCCCCCUCCUCCUGUACCUCCAUACCUCCCGCCCCCCCCUCCUCCUGUACCUCCACCUCCCGCCCCCCCUCCUCCUGUACCUCCAUACCUCUCCCCCACCCUCCUCCUGUACCUCCAUACCUCUCCCCCACCCUCCUCCUGUACCUCCAUACCUCUCCCCCACCCUCCUCCUGUACCUCCAUACCUCCCGCCCCCCCCUCCUCCUGUACCUCCACCUCCCGCCCCCCCUCCUCCUGUACCUCCAUACCUCCCGCCCACCCUCCUCCUGUACCUCCAUACCUCCCGCCCCCCCCCUCCUCCUGUACCUCCCCCUCCUCCUGUACCUCCAUACCUCCCGCCCCCCCCCUCCUCCUGUACCUCCAUACCUCCCGCCCCCCCUCCUCCUGUACCUCCACCUCCCGCCCCCCCUCCUCCUGUACCUCCAUACCUCCCGCCCCCCCCUCCUCCUGUACCUCCAUACCUCCCGCCCCCCCCUCCUCCUGUACCUCCACCUCCCGCCCCCCCUCCUCCUGUACCUCCAUACCUCCCGCCCCCCCCUCCUCCUGUACCUCCAUACCUCUCCCCCACCCUCCUCCUGUACCUCCAUACCUCCCGCCCCCCCUCCUCCUGUACCUCCAUACCUCCCGCCCCCCCUCCUCCUGUACCUCCAUACCUCCCGCCCCCCCCCCCUCCUCCUGUACCUCCAUACCCCCCCCCCCCCCCUCCUCCUGUACCUCCAUACCUCCCGCCCCCCCCUCCUCCUGUACCUCUACCUCCCGCCCCCCCUCCUCCUGUACCUCCAUACCUCCCGCCCCCCCCCUCCUCCUGUACCUCCAUACCUCCCGCCCCCCCUCCUCCUGUACCUCCAUACCUCCCGCCCCCCCUCCUCCUGUACCUCCAUACCUCCUGCCCCCCUCCAGAGCUCCUCCCCCGCCCGCUCUCUCCGAGGACUCGGCUUCCUGCCGGCUUCCCCCACACAGGACUGGACUGGGCACACAGGAAACCAGCUGCGAUAGAAGAGGAGGUUUGGGAGGGGGCUGCUUAACCCCGUCUCUGCUGGAGAGCAGCCUGCAGGAGACAUGCAUCUGGAUGUUAUCCAUAGGAGGACGGGAAGGCGAGGCGCCCGGACCCCCGAUAUGGUGCAAUGUUAGCUCCAUCUAGGGGGCUACCACGAGGGAAAGUCGGCUGAGAUACAAGAGACACACACUUCACAAAUAACCAGGAGAACUACAAGUCCCAGUAAACCUUAUGAAACAAGCAUAAGACGAUGGACUGGGGCAGAUCCCUGAAGCUACAGACCCGGCCAGGGCAUGCUGCGACUUGCAGUUCCACAAAGCCCUACAAUGAUAGGAGUGAUCAUCCGCACGGCCGUCCUGAUAACAAGGGGUUAAUGUAAAGUCCUCGCCUGCCUAACUCUAUGGAUCCACAGCGGGAGCGCAGCCACCAGGGGUCUUCACCAGGGGCCCUCCACCAAAAUCACCCGACAGAGACCACCACCGACUGACAGGGG